CCAAUUACUACGGCUCCCUGCUGCAAGCCUCCACCGGCUGCCUGGGCUCCGGCCCCGCUGGCGACGUCCACGUGCCCUUCCGGGACCUGCUGCCCAUGGUGCACCCCAACGACAUCGUCUUUGACGGCUGGGACAUCUCCUCGCUGAACCUGGCCGAGGCCAUGCGCCGGGCCCAGGUCCUCGACUGGCAGCUGCAGGAGCAGCUCUGGCCCCACAUGGAGGAGAUGAAGCCCCGACCCUCCAUCUACAUCCCCGAGUUCAUCGCGGCUAACCAGGAGGAGCGUGCCGACAACCUCAUCCCCGGCACCAAGGCCGAGCAGGUGGCUCAGAUCCGCCGGGACAUCCGGGACUUCCGGGAGCGCAGCGGGGUGGACAAGGUCAUCGUGCUGUGGACGGCCAACACCGAGCGCUUCUGUGAUGUGCGGCCCGGCCUCAACGACACGGCCGACCACCUGCUGCAGGCCAUUGAGCGCGGGCUGGAGGUGUCCCCGUCCACGCUGUUCGCGGUGGCCAGCAUCCUGGAGGGCUGCGCUUACAUCAACGGCUCGCCCCAGAACACCUUUGUGCCGGGCGCCGUGGAGCUGGCUGUACAGCGCGGCGUCUUCAUCUGCGGCGACGACUUCAAGUCCGGGCAGACCAAGCUCAAGUCGGUGCUGGUGGAUUUCCUUGUUGGCGCCGGGCUCAAGACCGUGUCCAUCGUGAGCUACAACCCCCUGGGCAACAACGACGGCAAGAACCUGUCGGCCCCGGAGCAGUUCCGCUCCAAGGAGGUCUCCAAGAGCUGCGUGGUUGACGACAUGGUGCAGGCCAACCCCGUGCUGUACGGCCCCCACGAGAAGCCCGACCACUGCGUGGUGAUCAAGUACGUGCCGUACGUGGGCGACAGCAAGCGGGCGCUGGACGAGUACACGUCGGAGAUCAUGAUGGGCGGCACCAACACCAUCGUCGUCCACAACACUUGCGAGGACUCGCUGCUGGCCAGCCCCAUCAUCCUGGACCUGGCCAUCCUGACGGAGCUGUGCCAGCGCAUCACUUUCUGCACCGAGAGUGACCCCGACUUCCAGGGCUUCCACAGCGUCCUCUCCAUCAUGGCCUUCCUGUGCAAGGCGCCUCUGGUGCCCAAGGGCACCCCCAUCAUCAACGCCCUCUUCCGGCAGCGCAGCUGCAUCGAGAACAUCCUCAGGGCCUGCGUGGGGCUGCCGCCCCAGAACCACAUGCUGCUGGAGCACAAGAUGCAGCGACCUUGGCUGAGCCAGACAUGGGCCUGUCUGGCCGAGCCCAGCUGCCCUGUCUCCAGCAAGAAGGUGGCCGCCCAGGUGAACGGCCACGUGUGUCCAGCCAGCAGUGGGCCCGGGGCCUCGCAUGCCUGCCUCUGUGCGGACAGGGACAAGUAGGGCCCCUGCCCUGCCCCUCAGCCUGGGAGAGCUCCAGCCCGAGGAGGGCAGGCUGGGGGGCUAGGAGCCAGGGCGAGGGCUGCUGCGCUGUGCCUCGGCCCCCUUGGUGUGCAUAGGGCAGGUUGUGUGUUGUAUGUGGUUUUUAGCUUCUCGGGGCCCUGCCCCAGCAGCAGCGACACUGUGAACCCUUCUCAUCUUGAAUAAACCUGGACUAAGUCAGUGGCAUCUCUGAGGCUUGCUGGGGGCCAGGGGUGGCAAGCUGACGUGGACCCCAGGCCCCACUGCAGCCAGAGCGGGGUGGUCCAAGGUUCUCCCUCCUCCCCAUCUGCUUGGCUGGGGCAGCACGUGUCUGGGACAUGCAGGACCCUGGGGCAGUCAUAGCAGCAGGAUGGGCCCUUGUGAGCUGGGGCUGCGGCUGGUCACUCAUCCCCCCCCCGCACCCAGGUAAGAAAUGAGGCUGGGCGGGACCUCACGAGGUCACAUCUAGUCCAGGCUCUGCUUAGGGUAGGAUCAUCCCUGACUAAAUGGGCCCAGCCAAGCGUCUGUCCAGCUUAGAUAUUGCCAGGGAUGGAGAUUGCACCGCUGCUCUGGGCAGCCUGCAUGCUCAACCGCCCCGGAGUCAGAAAGCUUCUCCGGCCCCCACCUCCUUUGCUGCAGCUGGAGGCCCCUGCUCUCACCCUGUUCCCUGCAGCCCAUCUCCAUCCUCUGCCAUCGCCCCUUACGUCUCUGCAGGCUGUUGUCUUCUCCAGACUAAAUAGCCCGAGUUCUUUCAGCCUUUCCUCAUCAGUCUUUC